CUCAAGAGUCUCCUUCCAUUUCCCAUUUUCUGCUAAUUUUCUUUCACUUUCUCGGCUGAUUUUUCUUGGGAAAUUUUUUAAAAAGAACAUCCUAAAACCCUACCUCAAACUAGUAUUUUUCUUUAAUGUUAUAUAUAAACCAUUUCGAUUUGAUUAUUAUUGCAGAUCUGUGGAUCUCAACACUCUAAUGCUUAUAAUGGAAGCUAUGAUGAGAUCUAAGCAUGAUAACAAUACCAAAGGGAGAAUAUAGAAGCUCUUCUAAACAAAAUAGUUUUGUCUUCUUUUUUUUUUUCACUCGCCGCCAUUGUUGUUCUACAGUGAGCUUGGACAGUUGACACCUGUAAUCCAAAAUUCAAAGUCUAUCACUGCAACAUACUCAGAGGCUUUUUUGUGUUCUUUUACUUAUCAUAGCGUUGAUAAAAGUAUGAGAGUAGCGUUUCAAUGGAGUUGGACGAAGACGUUGAGGUACAAAAGCAGCAACAACAACAACAAAGCAGGAAGCUACAGAGAUUCUCAGACGACAACACUGGAAUAAUGAUGAAGGAUUGGAGCAAUCCAUCGUCUCGUAUCAUUAGGGUUUCACGAGCUUCAGGAGGCAAAGAUCGACACAGCAAAGUCUUGACUUCAAAAGGGUUGAGAGAUAGGAGGAUACGUCUCUCGGUAGCUACAGCAAUCCAGUUCUAUGAUCUUCAAGAUCGUCUUGGAUUUGAUCAGCCAAGCAAAGCUGUUGAAUGGCUUAUCAAUGCAGCUUCUGAUUCAAUCACUGACCUUCCUCCCAUCAACACAAACUUCGACCAGAACCAGACCAAAUCUGCUUGUAGUAGUGGAACAUCAGAGAGCUCGUUGUUAUCUUUGUCGAGGACAGAGAUUCGUGGGAAAGCAAGAGAGAGAGCUAGAGAAAGAACUGCUAAAGAAAGAGAUAAAGAUUUGCAGAAUGCUCAAAGCUCCUUCACUCAGCUUCUCACCGGCGGCUUUGACCAACAACAACAACAACCGAAUAAUAAUAACCGGAAUAAUUGGACCGGUGGUUCUGAUUGUUUUAACCCGGUUCAGCUCAUGCCAAACUCAUCUUCAUCAUCUCAGCUACCUCAAGAGCCAACAACAAUGAAUCAGACUAAUCACCCAUUCUCCUUUGUACCUGAUUACAACUUUGGAAUCUCUUCUUCUUCUGCCCUUAAUGGAGGUUACAGUAGUAGGGGGACCCUUCAGUCCAAUUCACAAUCUCUCUUUCUCAACAACAACAACAUUGCUCAAAGGUCAUCCAUUUCCUCGUCUUCUUCUUCCUCUUCUCCAAUGGAUAGUCAAAGCAUCUCCUUUUUCAUGGCUACACCUCCUCCUCUUGACCACCACAGCCACCAGCUUCCGGCUACUUUUGAUGGCCGUUUGUAUCUUUAUUACGGCGAGGGUAACCGGAACUCCGAUGAUAAAGGAAAAGAUAGGAGAUAGGAAUCAAAAUGCUUUCACUUUCAACAUCUCUCCUCAAUCUUGGAGAGGAAGUGUAAUUUUGAGGAUAGACAAGAUGUUUGCGCAGCCCUGAGCAUAUAUAUGGAUCCUCCAUGCUCCAUAGCAACCAUAAGCCUGACAGGUUGUUCAGACCGCGAGGAGUAAUUGUUGUUUGAUGAGAAGAUGUAUUAUGUAUGAAUCAUAUAUAUGUUUCUAUGUGUGUUCAUGUUCAUUGUCAUAAACUUUGUCCGAAACUCGGACCAAUGUUUUUUUAAGGUCAUCCUCACUCUGUUGGCUACAUGCUAUGUCUGAGCUUCUUCUAGGUU